AUGGAAUUGUUGAUGAACAAGGGAAAAGCAGUACAGAAUGAUCCGGAGACGGACAUAGGCCCCACUCAUCCUCUGGGGUUUACCCCAGUUCACGGACAAACGGAGGCGCUGCACACACUCCAGCCCGGGGGGGCGCAGCGCAGCAGGCCAAAAAAAAAAAAACGCUGCUUCUUCUUCCUCCUUCAUCUCUCUCGCGAGCCUCCAACUUCCCAGCCUCCAUCCUCUCUUCUCCAUCCCCAUCUCACCAGCAAUCCGAGCCCCCUCCAGCCACACCAUACCGAGCCCAGCCUAGCGGACACACCGCCAAAAAGCACAGCUCCGGCCACCUCGUCUGGACCUCAUCGUCGCCGGCAACUGCUCCAGCCCACAGUUCCGAUCACUCGUCAUCUCCAUCUCCAACCGAGUCCCUCCAGUCCGUGCACCAGCAGCCCCAUCACCCUCUGCAACUCUCGACCACCUUCAGGAUCUCACAGCAACAGGCCAGCAGCCACUCCACCACCCAAGCACCCACACAGCACUUUUGCUGCCUCCCGGUGCACGCCCGUCUCGCCAGCCUCCGGCCACGCACGGCAACCUAGCAGCCGCCGUCGUCACUGUGAGUCCCUCCACUCCCGCAGCGCCUCCCUGUUCCAAUUUCCCACUAUAAGUCUCCUCUGUUUCCUUUAUAUUUGUUGAGGCUGGU